AUGGCCACGAGGGCGCAACAAGGAGGACGUCCCGGUGGCGCUCGGUUCGCGCAGUUCAAGCUGGUGCUUCUUGGAGAAUCCGCCGUGGGCAAGAGCUCCUUGGUGCUGCGUUUUGUCAAGGAUCAAUUCGACGACUACAGAGAAUCCACCAUCGGCGCCGCCUUCCUGACACAGACAAUCGCCCUCGACGAACAGACGACGGUCAAGUUUGAGAUUUGGGACACGGCAGGACAGGAGCGUUACAAAUCKCUGGCACCCAUGUACUACAGAAAUGCGAAUUGCGCUGUAGUAGUAUACGAUAUCACACAAGCGAGUUCAUUGGACAAAGCCAAGGCAUGGGUCAAAGAGCUCCAACGCCAGGCGAACGAGAACAUCAUCAUUGCACUUGCUGGCAACAAAGCGGAUCUCGUCGCAGAGCAGCCCGACAAGCGUGCUGUACCAACCGCCGACGCCGAAGCCUACGCCAGGGAGGCCAACCUACUCUUCUUCGAGACCAGCGCGAAAACGGCGGAGAACGUGAAGGAGCUUUUCACUGCGAUCGCGAAGAAGCUUCCGAUAGAGCAAGCAAGCCAGCGUGGCAUGCGAGGGGCGGCCGGCCGACCCGGUGGCGUCGAUCUUGGCUCAAGGCAGGAUCCGGGAGCGUCUGCUGGCGGCCCCGGUGGAUGCAACUGUUGA